UCACUCGCUCACCGGGGAGAGUGCUCGGGAGGGAUUAAAGAUUGAUUAGCUCACCAGGAUUACACUGAAGUGAAAAGAUUAACUAGUUCUCUUCAGGUAGCUGUCUAGAGAAGAGGUUAAAAUGGAAGGGCAGUUUGGUUGGGGGAGAGAAGAGGGAGGGUGGAGGAAAGGGCCAUGGACGGCGCAGGAAGACAAGCUGCUGGUCGAGUAUGUGAGGCAGCAUGGGGAAGGGAGGUGGAAUUCUGUCGCCAAGCUGACUGGUCUGAAGAGAAGUGGCAAGAGCUGCAGGCUCCGGUGGGUGAACUACCUGAGGCCUGACCUCAAGAGAGGCAAGAUCACACAGCAGGAGGAGAGCGUCAUACUCGAGCUGCACGCCUUGUGGGGAAACAGAUGGUCGACGAUCGCGCGCAGCCUCCCAGGGCGAACGGACAACGAGAUCAAGAACUACUGGCGGACGCACUUCAAGAAGGGCAAGCCGUCCAAGAACAUCGAGCGCGCGAGGGCGCGGUUCCUCAAGCAGCGCCGCGAGAUGCAGAGCCAACUGCUGCAGGGACAAGAUCAUCAGCUGCUGCAGCUGCAGCAGAAACAGCCCGAUCACGACGAUGCCAUCAGAGAGGCGGCGCCGGCGGCUUCACUGGCGCAGCAGCACGAGGUCCUGCAGAUGAUGCAGGACAUGGACGACCUGAUGUUCCAGUUCUCCCCGAUGUCUUCCUGCUCCUCCUCGUACCUCCUCCACGGCGGCAGGGCCACCACCGUCAACGCGUCGGCCAGCGAGGGGUCCAGCGGGGAUAAGCUCGACGGCGGCGACACGUGGGGGUGGGGCAGCCUGUGGAACCACGACGACGUGGUCGAUGACGUCGACGGCGGCGCCUGCUGCUGGGACAGCAGCUUCCCUUUGCUGCAGGAUCAAGGAAUCGCUUUCGACUAGCUAACCUACAAUUUUAGAGUCUACUGCAACAAGAUACUCUUUUGAUCAUUUUCGUCUUGGGCUUGUCCAGCUGCUGCCUAUGCGUGGAGGCCUGGAGGGUACACGUAGUAACUACAGGAAUGAGAGCGAAAGGCCAUUGUGUACAUGCGGUGUUGGUGGAUAAAGAUGCAACACCAACUAAAGCCCACUUCGGUCGAGUAGCCUAUCUCCAUGACAUGUUUGCCUCGUUUUAGAGCGCUUUUUAGGGGAGCGGUAAGUUUUUCUACUCUUGAAAAAGGAGAUACGAGAGAGGACAAAAGGAAGUGUUAAAAGUGCACCUUAGCUCAUGUACUUUAUUUUGCGUCUACUCGAGUUUCAACGUGUAUUUCGAUGCGUGGCUCAUUGGUCUGGAUAUUUUUACUUAUAUGCUUCUUUUCUUUUGUUAAUUCCAUCAGAAAACUUAUACGAGGUCCACAGCUUACCCUGCGG